UCAGAUCUUCAGCCACGGAAGAACAUACAGCUAAUGUGUGUAACAACAGGUUGUCAUGCGGUCAGCAUAUUGAGUACCGCAAAGAUCAUAUUUAGGGUCAAUGUUUCUUUCCAAGUAAUUAAAAUAACAUGAAGUUAAUUUUAUCGUUUCUUUUGCUCAUCUGCAGUGCUGUAAUCGGUAUACGAAGGCACCGUUCGUCUGCAGCAGCCCACGAGGAAGCCAAAGACGCUUUUAAGGUUGUGAAAAAAUGGAUCCAAAGAAAGCACUUAGAGUUGACAUUACCGAAAAAUGGAGAGAUAUUUGAGGGUGACAUUGUGAUGAGCCCCCUGCUGAGAAGGGCAGUUUUAAACAAAUACUCAAAACGCAGUGCGUUAGUGGAAGCUGAUCACAAAUGGCCUGGUGGAAUCGUUCCAUAUGAGCUGGACUCAAGCCUGCCAAAUAUUAUUUUGUCAAGUAUCGGAAGAGCAAUGAGAGAGUAUCACAAAUUUACAUGCAUUCGUUUCGUACGCCGUACAAAUCAAAAGGAUUUUGUUCUGUUCAGGUCCAAGAGACAUGUAUGCAGCUCAAGUGUAGGAAGAAUUGGUGGGCAGCAAAACAUCACGCUUGGUCCCGGCUGCUACCGACUUGGAACAGAAUUGCAUGAGAUGAUGCACGCCCUUGGUGUGGUACACGAGCAAAGCAGGCCAGAUAGAGACAAUCAUGUUAACGUCAUCAUGAACAACGUGGAUCCAAAGUAUUUACACAACUUCCAGAAGUAUGAAUUCAACGAUAUUACAGAUCUCAGUGUUCCAUAUAACUUUGCUAGCAUUAUGCACUACAGAAAUUCAGCUUUCAGCAAAAAUGGCGAAGAGACACUAGUCAGCAUACGUUUCCCUAGCCUGAGAUUUGGACAGCGCAAGAUGUUCAGCGAGGGAGACAUUGCUCAGAUAAAUAGACUGUACAACUGUGACACAAAAGAGAAGAAGAUAGAACAGGUGUAUCGACUGUCUAAGAAACUUGGCAUUGAGGAAGACACUGAAAUAAUUCCAAAUGCAUUUGAUGUGGUGGGAGAUAGUACAUUGACAGAUGAAUAUAACUUUAAUUUUUAAAACUAAAACAAUGAUUAUCAUUUUAAAUUCUUCAAAUGUCUAUAACAUCGUCAAAGAGCAAGAUUUAUUUUAAAUUCAAUACAAUGUGCAAAGGGUGUAAGCGUACAAACAUUCACUAUAUAAUUUUCGGGGACUUAUGCGUUUGAAUUUCUUGAAUUUCUUUGGGGAAGUUUAUUUAUUAUCAUGUAAAUUACGUGUAUGUAAUGCAGAUGUAAUCGAGGAAGCUGGUCAAAUAGCCAA